UGAAAAUACAAACAAAUUAAUUAGCUAAAGAUAUUUUAAGCGAAAAAAAAAAUAUGAUUGACGGAACUGUCAUUGUACGAACACAGUUUGCAGGACUGCUGUUUUUAUUUGUAUUUUGUGGAAUAAAUGGAGUUCAAUAUCAACAAUAUAAUGAAUUGUCAUCAAAUCAAGAUGACUGUGCAUUGUUACUACAAGGAGCCAGAAGAACAAGUGCCUAUGAUUAUACAUACAAUCUUCUACGAGGAAGUCCUAUACCACAAACAAGUUCUCAUGAUUGCAUUACUUAUGAUGCUAUCAAUCGAGCCUAUCUUGAAGCAAGAGAACGCAUCAAUAUUGCUCAGCCUGAAUCACAAUUUUGGAAACCAGAAGAAUUAGCAACUGUUGGUGAAUUGUUACUUGAUAUAUCAACAACAUUAUCAAGAUGGUAUGGUUUAUCAAGAGAUGAAAUUCACAGAGGUUUACCACUAAUUGAUACAUCAAAAACACUUAUUAAUGAAGUUUGUCCAGCAUUUUUAAAUAAUGUAGAAUGUCGUCCAGGUAAAUAUAGACGUUUUGAUGGAUUAUGUACUAAUUUAGAAAAUCCAACAUGGGGUUCAGCAUUAUCACCAUUUACAAGAUUAUUGCCCCCAGCAUUUGCUGAUGGAAUAAAUUCUCCAAGAAUUUCAGUAACUGGUGAUGACUUACCUUUGUCACGUGUUGUAUCAAGAACAAUACAUCCUGAUGAUGGUUUACAUGAUCAUGCUGGAACAGUUAUGGUUAUUGCAUGGGGACAAUUUAUGGAUCAUGACUAUACUUUAACAGCUACACCACUUGAUCCAUUGAAUAGAAAUGAUCCUGAAGAAUGUUGUGGUAGAUCAGUAGAAAAAAAAAAUCCAUACUGCAAUGAAAUAAGAAUUCCUGAUGAUGAUUAUUUUUAUAGAUUAUUUAAUGUUAAAUGUAUGAAUUUUGUACGUGCAUUUCCAGGAGUUAGACCAAAUUGUCGUCUUGGUUCACGUGUACCAUUUAAUUUGCUAACUGGUGUUUUAGAUGGUAAUACUGUUUAUGGUGUUAGUGAAGAAUUUGCAAAUAAACUUAGAUCGGGUUAUGCUGGUUUACUACGAAUGAAUCCAGUAUUUUCAGAGUAUGGUCUUAAAGAUUUGUUACCCCUAAAACUUGACAUUCCAGAUGAAGGAUGUACACGACCAAAUAAAUCAAUGUAUUGCUUUGAAGCAGGUGAAAUACGAGUUAAUGAACAGCUUGUAUUAACUUGCAUGCAUACACUAAUGGCAAGAGAACAUAAUAGAGCAGCAAAAGCUUUGGCACAAGUUAAUCCACAUUGGAAUGAUGAGACACUUUUUCAAGAGGCACGACGUAUUGUCAUUGCUGAAAUUCAACAUGUUACUUAUAAUGAAUUUUUACCAAUUUUACUUGGUAAAAGUGUUAUGGAAAAAUUUGGAUUAAUACUAGAAAAAAAUAGCUACUGGGAUGGUUAUGAUAAAACUGUUAAUCCAGGUGUAUUAGAUGCAUUUUCAGCUGCUGCAUUUAGAUUUGGACAUUCACUACUUCCUACAGCUGUUGAAAGAUGGAGUAAAGCUCAUAAAUUUAUUGCAUCAAAAAGAUUAUCUGAUCUUAUAAGACGUCCAUGGGAUCUUUAUCGUGCUGGUGUAUUUGAUGAAUAUUUUAUGGGUCUUAUGAAUCAAGUUGCACAAGCUAUGGAUGAUUCAAUAACUCAAGAAGUUACAAAUCAUUUAUUUAAAAAAGUUGGUGCUAGAUUUGGUAUGGAUCUUGUUUCUUUAAACAUGCAAAGAGGAAGAGAAUUUGGUGUACCAGGUUAUAUGGAAUUUAGAAGAUACUGUGGUCUUCCAGAGGCACAUACAUUUGAAGAACUUUUUGGUACAAUGCCAAAUGAAACUAUCAAUCGUUAUCGUUCAAUUUUCCAAACUCCUGAAGAUGUUGAUUUGUGGUCUGGUGGUGUAUCAGAAAGACCUCUUCCAGAUAGUAUGUUAGGACCAACAUUUGCUUGUGUAAUUGCUACACAAUUUAGUGUAUCUCGUCGUGGUGAUAGAUUUUGGUAUGAACUUCCAAAUCAACCAUCAUCAUUUACAAUUGAUCAAUUGAAUGAAAUUCGUAAAGCAAGAUUAGCCAGACUUAUUUGUGACAAUACUGAUUUAAUUGAUACACUACAACUUUAUCCAAUGGUUCUUCCUGAUCAUGAAAUAAAUCCAAGAGUACCUUGUAAAAGUGGAAUUAUUCCAAGUAUUGAUUUUAGUAAAUGGGCUGAGUUUCCAAGUUCUGGUCAUGCUUCACAAUAUAAUAAUGAAAGCAAUUCAUUGAGGAAUCAAUCAAGUUCUUCUGAAUUUUUAUUGGAAAAAAAAUCAUUAAAUUUGAAUAAUAAUUCCUCGGUUAAUUCACAACCAACUAAUCGUCUAACAAAAAUUCACAAUGAUUUAUUUUAUCCAUCAAUGGAAAAAAAUAAAAUAUCAAUACUAACAGAAAUUUUAAAACCAUCAAAUAAAUUUUCAUCAAUAAAUUCACUAAAUCGUUUAAAACGAUCAACUGAAAAUAGAAAUGUUCCUCUGAAAUUAGAUGAAUUAAAUGAUAAUAUUUAUUCACCAUCAAGAUUGAGUAUUGAAGAGGAGAUAAAAAAUUUAGAUGAACAAAUAAAAAAAUCACAAAAAGGUUUAUCAAAUGAUUAUGAUGUUCAGAUACCAGAAAUAAAAGAAAUUCAGUUACCAAAAAUUAUUCAAGAUGAUAAUAAUAAUACAUAUAAUUAUUAUGAUGAAAUAAAUCCAAUUGAAGCAAGUGAAAUUGAUGAUUUAAAUAGUUUUUUACCAUCAAAAGCUGAAUACUUGGAUGAAAAAAUAAUUCCAUAUAAUGAAAAAAAUAUAAAUAAUGAUGAAAAUAAUAAUCCAGUUUAUGUUAAUCUUCAGGAUCAUCAGAUAAAUAUAGGUAUUUUAAAAAAAAAAAAUAAUAAUUAUCCAUCAAUUGAUGUGGUAGCUUAUAAUCCUGAUAAUAUUCCAUAUGUUGAAGUACCAGAUUAUAGUGAUAAUCGUGAGGAAAGUCUUGAUGAAGACGAUAGACAAGUUACCAAGGAUAAGUACCAAAAUGUUGAUGAUCUGGACAAUGACGCCGUUGACCCUGAUCAAUUAAUAAAAAAAGUGGGGAAACGUCCGGAAACUCAAACAAAAAGUGAAAGUAUAAGAAACAACGAGAAUGGCAAUUUGAUAAAUACAAAUAAAAAAAAUUCCUUGAUCAAGUUUAUUAAUAAACACAAUAAUGAAAGGAAGUUUCCAAAUAAGAAUGAAGAUGUGAGGUCAGAAGAGGAACGACAUGAUGAAAAUAAGAAAAUUCAAAGUACAGUAGACGACAAAGGAUAUUAUAAAAAAAAUAAUAAUGAAGAAAUUAAUCAAGAUAAUAAUUUUAAAAAUAUUGAUUUUAAUAUUAAUGAUUAUAAACAACCAUUUAAUCUUGAUAAAUUUUUAAGUGAAAUAUUUAAUGCUGAUGAAUCAAGUAAAAAAAGAGAUAAAUUUACAAGCCAAAAAGAAUCUGAUUCAAGUAAAAACAAUGACAAUAAUUAUUAUUACGAUGAUGAUGAUAAUGGUGAUAGUGAAGAGGUGAUUGAUCGUGAAGGAUAUGCUGAUGAAAAUGAAGAUCAAUUUGAACCAAUUGAAUAUAAUUACAGUGAUGAAAAAUUAUAUGAACCAGUGGAUGAAAAAAAGAGAGUAAAAUUUGAUAAUCAUGAUGAUUCAACAAGCCGUUAUUUCAAUGAUGAAUCUGUUGAAGAAAAAUCACAAGAAUAUUAUGAUAAUAUUGAUGAAAAUUUAAAUGAAUCAUUUGUCAAUUAAAAUCAAUUUUUAAAUUAUUUAAAAAUACAAAAUACAA